UUUAGUGUUGCUGAUAAGAUGCUGACAAAUUAAUUCGCUCCGAAUAAUCUUUUGUCGAAAUCAUAACAAUUUAACAGUUUAGAGCUAAACAAUUUCCUAAAAUGUAACGUUGGCUGAAAACUUUUACUGAGUGUCCCUUGGAUUGUCUUUAAAUUCUCACAUAAAAGGAGAUGUGAAGGUACCUACAGCUGACUGAAGUGAAGACCAGCAUCUCAACCAUGGGGAAGCGGUAUUACUGUGACUACUGUGACCGGUCCUUUCAGGACAACAUGCACAACAGGAAAAAACACCUGUAUGGUGUUCAACACCACAGAUCUAAAAAGGCCUGGUUUGACAAUUUCAGGGAUGCAGCAGCCGUCCUGUAUGAUGAACAAACUAAGAAACCCUGCAGGAAAUUUCUUCAGACAGGCCAGUGUGUGUUUGGCAACAACUGUAGGUUCUCUCACAUGUCAGAGAGGGACAUGGAGAACUUAAGAAUGCAGAUUGAAGAUGAAAGACGGAGCAGAGAGGACCCGGAGCACAGAGCGUCCCCUGAGCGGAGCAUAGAGGAGUGGCUCACCAGGAGAGAGAAGAAGAGAGCCGCCCUCAGCAGUGGAAGUGUUCUGAAAGAGGAAGAUGAGGAGGAUGAAGAUAAUCAACCAGAGAAUGACAUACCGCAACAUUUCCUCACCAUUCCUGACCUUCCUCCCUCCCUUCGGCCCCCUCCCCCUGGAGGAUGGAAAGUCAAAGUCAGAACUGAAUGGGGUUGAAGGGGCAGUGCAGUUAAUGGCAGUUUCACACUGAAAUUUGUUAAAAUUAUGAUAAUGCCCUUUUUGUGUAAGAGCUGUUUGAAAAAAAAGAACUGGAUUUUCAACCUUUUCAGGUGGGGUGGAUUUUUUUGGUAACUGAUUUGAUUAUUCUGACCAAUGACCAGUCAUCUUUUAUUUGUAUAUGUAUCCUGCUUUGAAGGGGUAAGCAGGGUAGGCUCAGAGUCUAGACGAUCCUAUCCACCAAUCAGGGUUGUGUAUGUUAAUAUAUUUAAAUUUGUAUCAACACGCCCACACGAUCAGACUGAGCAUUUCAAUGGCAAAAGGAGCCUCAGGGAAAUAAAUAUUUUCAUGAAAUAAACACACAGUGAUUUAUUAGACAUACAGUGAAUAAAAAAAUUAUUAAUACUGCAUGGGAGCUUUAAAGCUGGUUCAUCAUUUCUUGCUCAAAGUUUGAUGUGGUGAUGCAAGAACGGAUCAUUAAUUGCUAUUAGGGCUCAAACUUUUACUUGAUAGAAGUGAGUGAAUUUGUAAUCUUCACAUUUUAAUUGAUUUUUUUUCCAUCAGACUACAUUCAAAUUGAGUUGCGUGCAUGCAGAGAUUUUGUUGAGUUGGUCCUUGUAUUCAAGAAAAUGUAUUCUGAGUUGGAAAUGUACAGAAUGUGAGGUUCUAAUGCUUUUUAAAUGAUUGCCUCAGGAAAGCAGCAGAAGUGGAGUGGCUACCGUGAUAUAAACUCAGUAAAAAAAAAAAGAAACGUC